CAACUUUUCAUUGCAGAUAAUGAAUUCAAAUAUGGAACUCCUAAACCAAGAAGUUGAAAAUUUAAGCUCAAAUAUUCAACUAGGGGAUUUGGCUUUGUCAAAUGAAGGUUUUUCUAUUCAUCAUCAAAGAAUUCAUCAUAUUGAUCAUGAUCAAAUUCCCAUGAUUAUGGCUUUCAAUAAUGAUAUGAAUUUGUCAAGCAAUAUUAGUAAUUCCCAAAAUGUUUAUGAUCCAGUAGGAGCUCAAUUCUUUACAUUGGGAGGUCCAACUUAUGGCAUAAAUUCAAUCCCAGAAUCAGAUUUUUUGAUGAAUAAUAUUUCAACUCCUGCACCUCCAGUGUCAAUUGGAAACGGAAAAGUCAAUGGAAAUUAUCAGAAUUGUGGUGGGAAAAAGAGAAAAAGAAAGAACGAUAGAGAAGCUGAUAAACCAAGAGAAGUUGUUCAUGUUAGAGCAAAGAGAGGUCAAGCAACAGAUAGCCACAGUUUAGCUGAAAGGCUACGACGUGAGAAGAUAAAUGAAAAAUUGAGAUCCUUGCAAGAAUUGGUUCCUGGAUGUUAUAAGACAAUGGGAAUGGCAGUGAUGUUGGAUGUAAUAAUCAAUUAUGUUAGAUCAUUANNCAAAAUCAAAUUGAUUUUCUUUCCUUGAAACUGUCAGCAGCAAGCUUGUUUUAUGACUUCAACUCAUCAGAAAUGGAAGCUAUGGACUCAAUGCAGCAGGGAAAAAAUGUUUAUGAAGCACAAGGGAUGGGAAAGAUUGAUGGCGAGGGGUAUGGUGGAUUUCCUCAUUUUCAACCAUCUUGGCCGUCUCUUUGAUCGUACAUAAGAAAUCUCCCUAAGAAAAUAUACUCUGAAAAAGUUCCAAUAAUACCGCAAUUAUAUUUUGAACUCCCAUAUGGUUAAAUUCUGCACUUUCACAUAAAAGUAUAGGUUCUUUGUAUUUAAUUUGUUUUUGUUCUGUUUAACUCUAACUUUGGUUGCUCAUCAAUGAGUUAGUAGCUGGCAACGAUAUUUGACGCA